AUGGCACAAGCUAUUGGACAACAGCUUAAUCUCGGGCCACAGCCCAACUUCAACAACUUGGUUCAGCAUGUGAAUGCGGCUAUGGAUGAGGUUUUCAGGAUUCCCAAUCUGCCACUGGCUGGGCAAGGCGACGUGAUUGUUCAGCUGCUCCAGGGCAUUCAACGAGAUAUCCAGCAAGUGCAACGAGAUAUCCAGCAAGUGCAACGAGAUAUCCAGCAAGUGCAACGAGAUGUCCGGCAUAUCCGUGCGGAGCAAGACUUGCUGCCAAUUAAGCUGUAUAACAGCGGAGCCCGUGAGCGCGAGCACUUCAGAUAUCCACAGGGAGUAGCAAUUGCCUAUCCUCCGUUGCCGCGUUCGAGGGACGAACUCGCACAUAUGACAAUUUCGGCGAUAGGCGUAGACAGAUCGCAGAGUACUUGGUUUGAGAGCUUUCACGCAGGGCGAAUCGGAAAGGACGUUUAUUCCGCCGAGGGGGUGUUUUUGCAUUUGCUAGACGGCGAUGGUUGA